AUGGGAGCCACGAAAAGAGCAUGUUUUGGCAGAAGCAAUUCGGUCCAGGCAAAUACACCUGUAGGAAACAGUCAAGAAACACAACAAAACUCGAGAGUUUCUUCGGGAAACCAGCAACAAUUCAGCAACCAUCGUGUAAGAAGAUUACGUUCUACUAGUCAAUCGACGUCUUCAACGAGCUUGAACAGUAUAAACAAUAAUAGCAGUGGCAGUACCACAGGAAACGCUUCCUGCGUAUCUACUGGUAAUAAUACAACAAAUUGCACUGGAAGCUCCAGCAGUACUAGCAGCAGCAGCACUUAUAACACUACAAGUACGAACAACAAUAUCACUACCUACAACCACAACAAUUGCAGUACUUUAAGACAGCAACGCCAUCAUCAUCUUCAUACAAUUCGAUCUAGUACUUCUAGUACAAAUUCAACGGCAUCCAACACGGGGGGUUUAAUCUCAAGAGUAUUCGAACAUAGCAGUGGUAGCGGUAGCAGCAAUAAUUCAUUGAAUUGCACAAACACCACUGUAAAUACUGCUGCUACUGGUACAAUAUCAACCGGCGGCGGUUCAGCAAACAAUCCUAGUUCUAGUGUAGCGACAGCAUCAGGUGGUGCCGGUGUAGGUGCAGGCAAUCAUUUUCGUCGAGUAUCCCCUGGUGACAAAAAAAUCCAUUCACAACUUAAAAACGAUGACAAGAUGGAUGAAAGAAGGCAACAACAGCAGCGAACCCCUGUUAAACAACAUCAACAAACGCGCGAUACAACGCCAACCAGUCGCAAAGCGGGAAAUCGAAAGGACGAAGGAGGAGCAGGAGGAGCUUUGGCCAUCAGUGAAACGUCACCAAAGAAACACAACACAGUCCGAAGUCACGGGAUGAUCUCAAAGCUGUCCUCCGUGGGUACUGAUAAAGAAGAUAAUGAGGCUGCCGAGUCGAUGGUAGAAUCCAACACAACGGUUCCCGUUGAGCCCAACGAAAAUAUGGAAGAUGCAACAACUCCUUUGGGUGAUGAUGCUGUCGAGGAUCAUCACCCAACUGGAUCGACGAAAAUGCUUCCCGAGCAGGAAGAAAAAGAACCCAUAUGCCAUGAAGAAAAUUCGACCACGGAAGCAAAAGUGACACGUCGCUCAAAAGCAGCAACAAAAGAUUCUGGUAUAUAUGGUGAACAGCAACUAUCCAACCACCAUCUGGACGAGAACGGAGUGGCAGAAGAUGAAAAAGAGGGAGCUCAUGAAAAUGAUGUUGCCGAAGCAGGUGUGCAGAUACGUCAGACGGACCCGGAAAAUAUUCAUCCUGCGGGUGGUUCGCGCGAGUCGGACAGUUCACAAUGUCGAACCAUACUUCGGUUUGUGCGUAAAAGUCUUGAAAACACAGCCAUGUCAGUGAUAUAUUCGAAAAACUUUAUCGAAAACGAAACUAUCGAGACGGAGUAUCCACGUAAUCUGGACGAUAAUAUUGAAAUUUUAAGUCGAGAAGCAGAAAACUUAGCUCUGCAGUUUAAGCCUUCUGAAGAAAAGCUGGUGCAGUAUGGUCCAAUCUUCGAUCUAGAGAAAUUUGAGGAACAACGGAAACAGCAAAAGAAAGAAGAUGACGAGGAUGAAGCUAUCGGCAUAUCACCUUGUGGCCGGUUUCUAAAAUACGAUAAGGAGGUUGGUCGAGGAUCGUUCAAAACUGUCUAUCGUGGGUUAGAUACUCAAACCGGUGUAGCUGUUGCAUGGUGCGAGUUGCUGGAGAAGAAAGUGAAUCGGGUUGAGCGAGCGAGAUUUCGCGAGGAGGCUGAGAUGCUUAAAAAACUUCAACAUCCAAACAUUGUGAGAUUUUACAACUACUGGGAAGCGGCACCAACGGCUGGAAACAAGAAGAAAAAUAUUGUACUCGUUACCGAGCUGAUGCUUUCCGGUACUUUGAAAUCGUAUUUGCGUCGAUUUAAAAAAAUUAAUCCCAAAGUGCUGAAAUCUUGGUGUCGGCAGAUUCUAAAGGGUUUGCAUUUCUUACAUUCACGCACGCCGCCUAUCAUCCAUCGUGAUCUGAAAUGUGAUAAUAUAUUUAUAACCGGAACGACAGGGAGUGUCAAGAUAGGUGAUCUAGGAUUAGCCACACUGAAAAACCGCAGCUUCGCAAAGUCGGUUAUUGGUACGCCGGAGUUUAUGGCACCCGAAAUGUACGAGGAACAUUAUGACGAGGCAGUGGACGUGUACGCUUUCGGCAUGUGCAUGUUGGAGAUGGCUACGUCAGAGUAUCCGUACAAUGAGUGUAAUACACCGGCACAGAUUUAUAAAAAGGUAACAUCCGGUGUGAAACCACAAAGUCUGGAAAAGGUGGAAAAUCCAGAGGUGCGUGAGAUCAUCGAACGAUGCAUACAUGAUAAAAAGGAAGGAAGACCAACGUGUAAGGAGCUGCUGAACUGUGAAUUUUUCUGUGAAGACAUCGGUAUCAGGUUGGAACCCAUAUCGAAGGAUUUGUUCUUAACAAACCCAGAGAAUGUGCGCAUGGAGUUUCGAUUGCGUAUCAUGGAUCCAAAGAAGCGUGUUAACAAACACAAAGAGAAUGAAGCCAUUCAAUUUGACUUCGACAUUCGCGUUGAUGAUGCUGAAGAGAUUGCAAACGAAAUGUACAAGUCUGGUAUACUGAUGGAGGACGAUUCUAAGACGGUGGCAAAGAUUCUCAAAGUUCAGAUUCAAACAUUGUUAAAAGAACGAGAGGAGAGAGCGCGACAGCAGCAAGUAGAAAAAGACAAAGAAGCUCUUCAAAAGCAAGUAAUGAUUGCGCAACAAUUGUAUCAGCAACAGCAACUACAGCAGCAGUUGGAAAAUGAUCUCCAAGUGACCGAACUUCAAGUACCACAAAUGACACAACCAAUGCCUGUGCAACUACCGCAACAGCAGCUGCCCCAAGCUCAAGCCCAAGGAUAUUAUCAACCCUCGUCGCUUCCAGCUUCACAAACACAGCAAAUAAUGUAUCAGCAGCAGAUUUCUGCCCCAGUGGGCAAUGAGCAGCUGCAGCAAACCUUCCAGCAACAAUCAGUUGGGGGUCAGUUUGUUAUAGGCCAAUCAAUUCCAUUACAGCAGCCAAUGGCACAGGUUAUUCAGCAGCAGCAACAGCACCAACAGUUCCUUAAUCAGAUGGUAUCAACUCAACCGACGCAGUCUAAUAUGGCUGUAACGCAACAAUCGAACUACUUACAACAGCAAGUGUUUGUCGAUCCGCAGCAGCAGCAACAAUUUAUGCUUCAGCUACAACAGCAGCAAGCGACGCAACAGGGUCAGUCAGGAACAAAUUUGCAGUAUAUACCACAAAUGGGCACACAACAACAGUUGGUGCAACAAUUAAUGCAACUGCAUCAACAAAACGUUGCUAUGAUGCAGCAACAACAACAACAGGCCGAACUGCAAGAACAGAUUUCGACACUAGAGCAGCAGCUCCAGGGAAUUAUCCCAAUUCAUAGUCAACCAACCCAGAACAUACAACAGCAGCAGCAAAUACAGCAGCAACAGCAUCAGCAAAUACAGCAACAACAACAACAGAUACAACACCAGCAACAGCAAAUACAGCAACAACAACAACAGCAUAUGCAGCAAAUACAGCAUCAACAGCAACAGCAAAUACAGCAACAACAGCAGCAGUUAAAAUUACAGCAACACCAUCAGUCGCCACAACAACCACAACACCAAAUACAGCAACAAACGGCGCAACAACCGCAGCAACAGCCACACCAGCAUCUUCAGCAGAUGCAAACGCAAACUGUUUACAUACAACAACAAUCUCAACCACCUACAAAUAAUCCUACGAAUAACCAGCCACAGCAAAUACAGGCCAAUGCAAAUAUCUACAUGCCGCAACAACUAUGCGACACGUCGGUGCAGUUACACCACUCUAUGCCAAAUCAAAUUGGAAUUUCCCAACCACCACCACAACCGAGCUCCUCUACCACGAUUUUAGUGCAUCAACAAGUAGUUGCCUCUCAGCAACCUGCAUUGUCGCAACCACAUUUUGUCAAGCAGCAAUCGCCAUCUGUACUGAAUCAACAGCAGUCACAAUCUCAGCAGACACAAAUGACUCAGACGAAUCCAGUGCAGAACGCUCUGAUGGUGCAACAGCCUUCAUCGGGUAUAGCAGUCGCACAGCAAACGAUUUCUCAACCUCAUUCCCAAGGAACUGCUCCACAAGAACUUGAUGGUUCAUUGGUAGUCGCAAAUUCUGUUCCAGUUUCAUCAAAUGAAAAUAAUUCACUACUGCAACAGCAAUUACAGUACCAACAACAGGAACAGCAGCAAUUUAUGCAACAGCCAAUAAUUCAACAACAGAACUUGCAGCAUCAAAUGACCCAUACUUCACAAGACGGUACACUGCAUCAAACUGUAGCAUCGACAAACUAUAAUGGUAGCGCCGUUAUGGGUGGACAACAAGGUUCUAAUAUGAUAGCACCAUCUGGAACACCCACUGUUGGAGGCAUGUCCACUUCGACUGGUGUGCAAGAUUCGAGUUCCGCUCCUGCCAUACAGGCUGCACUACCGAAACGAUUGACAAACGAAAUGAAGAAGCGUCGCAACCAUCGUUCGACCGAGCGCAAUCCAAAACUGCACGUACUCGGUUACGAAAACAAUAUUAUCGAAUGUGAAAUGGAAAACCGACCAAAAACAAUUAAGUUUAAGUUUGACCCAAGCAAUGUUAACCCGGUCGAGGUGGCCCAAGAUCUAGUCAAACAAGAUCUACUAAGCGAAUCACAGACAACGAUAUUCAUCGAAAUGGUUCGCGAUAUUCAACGACAAUUAAAAGAGAAUCCAAACCAACUACCGAUUGCAUCACAAUGCUAUCGCCGCUCAAUGGAAAAGGUGCGCCAUGCGUCUCUAACACGUCAGCGUUCGAAUUUUAAAACACAUCAGAGACAUAGAUCUCGCGAUGAAACAUCGACUACCGCAGCAAAUUUUACGCACAUUUUUGAUCCAACCAUCAUCGAUCGACAAGCGCUUGGAACAGGGAUAUCAAGUACCACCACAUCUUCGACAUCAUCAUCGCCGCUGUCCCAACAACAACUGAUCACAUCUUUAGCUACAUCGCAAACGAAUGAUGAAGUAACUUCUCUCGAUAAAGCACAGUCCAGCGACGAAAACUGUACGGAGGGUACCACUGCCCUGCUGCCGCCGAUGCAGGACCAAGAACUUAACAAUGGGAUACUGGGUAACAGCGACGAUAACCAGCAAACGGCUGUUACUACCGUCUGCAUGAUAACUGACGAAAGUGUAAACGAUAAUAAUAGCAGUUGCGAUGAAAAUUCGCGUAAAGCAAGUACUGUUAGUACAGAUUAUACAUCGCACGAGAACACACCAGAAAACACAAUAACUUCGGGAAGCAACUUAAGCAUUCUGCAGCCUCGUUUGAGCCUCGGCGAACAGGACAAUAUGAGUGCAGUCGCAUCAUCAUCAUCUGGAGAACGUCAAUUGACGGCAUCAAUGGUUCCAACCGAAGGAUUGUUAUCAUCUGAGGAAACUGAAAUUAAUGCAACGGUGACCAAUCAGCUGGAAGGAGCACAAGAGAAUGUGAUCAGCAAUCCAGCUGUCGAUGCUUUACCUUCUACAGCCAUCACUAACCUUUCAGCGACGGAAUCUUCUAGUCAAAAUAUUAAUCAGUCUUCAUUGUCUAAUGUAAAUAAUGUCGAAAAUAGUAAGACAAAUGAAUUGAUGCAAGUUGGUGACGAAACAGUGCUUCCAGCCGAUGAAAGUAAGGUCGAAUCGCCAACCAACGAAGCGAGUAAAACACCAACGGUUACUCCCCAACUAAAAGAACGCAAACUUUCGCGUUUUUCCGUUACUCCCGUAAUUUUGUCCAAUGCAGCAGUCAUUAGUGAACAGCAAACGGACAUAUUGAGCGUGGUAGAUUCACCUAAACCUAUUCUUCCUAAUACUGGAAUCGAAACUCAAACUGAAUGUAUGAUAGAAAUGGUGGACCCUUCAGCAGAAUCCCUUGUUCAGCAGCAAUCCACAGACAAUGCGCCGUUUCAGUCUGGUUCGAUGGAAUAUACUACACAAACUACGUCAUCUCAACUCACGCAGACCAUGGAAUCUGUGGAUCCAAACUUUCUAAAUGCCCUGGGCGAUGGCUUUCAGCAGCAGCAGCAACAUGAAAUGUACCUUCAACAACAAUCACUGGACAUGGCAAACCAUCAACAACAGGCAUAUGCACAACAGAUAGCGAAUAAUUUCGAGGCAUCUGCGGUCCUGCAGCAACAACAGCAACAACUACAACAGGUGCAAUAUCAGAUGCAACAGCAGCAAUAUCAACAAAUAAAUAUUCAACAGACCAUCCUCCAGCAGCAACAGUUACAGUACCCUCAGCAACAAGGAACUAAUUUGAUGGUAGGUGAAGCCAAUCUGAUAGAAUGCGAUCAGCAACAGCUUCAACAGCUGCAGUACCAACAACAGCAGCAAUACCAUCAGCAACUACAACAGCAAUAUGCAACACAGCAACAACAACAGCAACAACAACAACAACAACAACAACAAAUACAACAGAAUCAGCAAAUGAGGCCAGUAGAACAGAUUGGUUUAAUGUCUGCACAGCUCUCUGUCGAUCAGGGUACGCGUGAAGCGAUGGCUAACAGUAACCGAAUGCCGGAAACGUUGGAGCAGCUAAAAAUAGGCUUAGAAAACAUAACCCACGUUCACGUGAACACGAAUAAAUCAAGCGGCUCAGCGAGCCUUUCAUCGCAGGCUAGCGCUACAGCAUUGUCCGCGAUGGUUUCCCCGCAUCCGGCUCCGUAUCCUACCGAACCGGGACUCUCGCAGCAAUUGCAACAACCGCAGCAAGUAGUGUUUUAUCAGUCACAGGAAUUUAGUACCUCGGAUGCGAACGGCGCAUCUUUGAGCGAAAUGCACGAAGCUGCCGUCACAGGUGGUGGUACUGUUGGUAAAGCUCAAGAAUAUAUCGUCGAAGGGACAAGCUACGCGGCUGUCGUUGCUGGCGAAUUUAUAGCACAACCUGCCCUACAGCAAACCGGCGCAGUGCAAGAUUUAUCUAUCGUCGGAUCACUCGAUCAAACGCAGCAGUACGUAUCACGACGUACAUCGGCGGAGUUAUGCAACACAACUAUUGCUAUGGUUCCAGAUUCGUUAGAACCGAGCAGUUUGAAGGAAUCGGUCUGCAUUGACAGCUUUGCUGUUGAUCGAGAAAAGCAACUUUCCAGUCAGGGUAGUGUGGAUCGGAUCGAUAGUGUUACCGGCCUUCAGUUGAAAUUGACACAGCUGACAGUUGGAACGGAUUCACCUCAAGCAGUCGCUGCAGGUGCCCCAGAUCAGCAAUCAAACAUGCCGCUACAAAUCCAUUCAUUAGUUUCGAGCCCAUGCGUUGAUGCAAGCGGAGAGAUGAGGGUUCCCAAUGAACCGAAACCAUUAAUUCGGAAAGUUUCGCGCUUCCACAUUCAACCUGUGCAGGAAAUGCCACGUGCUGCUGAGCCACAUUCACCAGCAGUUAAUAUACAGCUAAAACCAUUUGUAACGAUGCCGGACGAUGUUCAGACAAACACAGCUUUUUCGUCACCAACGGAUGAAAAAUCAUGCCAAACUUUCCCAAUGCAAUACCAGCAGCACCAGCAAAUUCAACCGACGGCUGCGGCUGUAUGUGAAGUUCCAACCACAAACGAUCUGGAAGCCAAAUUGAAUCAAGUACUUCCGAAAACUCCAAAUGUAGAAUCAUCUGCGCUGAACUCCGGCAACAUGGUUUUGCAAGGAAGCAUGCAACAAGCAGCUCCUGCUUUAAAACCAUCUCAUGUUGUAUCGUCUUUAGCUAGCGCAACAUCGACAAUGCAGAUUGUACAGCAGCAGCAGCAGCAGCAGUAUCCUUCACAAUCGAUAACUAUACAGCAACAGCCACAGACACAAAUGCAAAUGAACGCACAGGCUCCAAUACCGGCAAAUGCAAACAAUGGCGUGCAAACGACAUUGAUGGAUAGCUCCAAUUAUGCUGUCGGUUCUCAACAUCCUCAAUCACUUGUGGCCCCGCAACCGCAACAGCCACAACUUCCUCCCGAGCCAAUUUUCAACAAUUCAGAUAUCGGGCAAAAUUUGACCGCCAUCCAGACGCAUCUAUGCGGGCUGCAGUUAUUACCGAGCGCCCGGCAACAACUACAGCUACUGCUGCAACGCCAGCAUAUAGAGCACGAGGAGCUUAAAUUGCGCCACUUUCUUGAGCUGGAAAAGUUUCUGAAGCAGCAAAAGGAGGACAUGAAAGUAUCGUCUGGUCUUGCUGCAUCCACCGGCCCGCACCCGAAUCAAACUCAGCAAAUGAUCUCAAAUCAGUCCUCCUCACAAUCCGUUGCCUCGAUGUCAUCGGCUUCAGCACCCGAAAUGAUGACGGACGUGACCUCGCCCACUGUGGUUUCUAUGAACAGUGCCGGAUACGAGAUGAACUGCCAAGGAAAACUGCCCAUGACGACAGCAUCAUCAUACAGCACAAGCUGUAACACGGACAGUGGAGCUGGCAGCGCAACGGAAACAGAUUUGGAACUAGAGACCUAUACAGCGACUGCUUCCAAUAGUAUAGAUGCGGCAACCAUGUUACAGCAGCAGCAGCAACACCAGCAGUUUCAACAUCAACCACAAAAUCAACAGUUUCAACAGUAG